CGCCGGUUCUGUGCGCGUCUUUUGUGCUCACCUGCAGUUUAUGUACAAUGUCCUGCGAAGAUCGUCUGCAAUUGUGAGCUGUCGUCUGCAUCUCGGGAAGUGAUGUGAUCUUCUCGCGACUUGCUGCCAAAAAGUAUACGGGUGUUUUUGCGUGUGAAGAAGCGUGAAAUUUUUGUGUCACAGGUGUCAACACUGUCGUCUGCUUCGAAAUGAACGAAUUUAGGCGUUGCAUUAUGGCACCACAUGAAGAACGUUCACAAAUGGCUGCAAUCCGGAAAAAGCUAGUAAUAGUGGGCGACGGCGCCUGUGGUAAAACGUGCUUGCUUAUAGUAUUCAGCAAAGACCAGUUUCCAGAAGUAUACGUGCCGACAGUAUUCGAAAACUAUGUGGCUGAUAUCGAAGUUGACGGUAAACAGGUGGAGCUAGCUCUUUGGGAUACCGCCGGGCAGGAGGACUACGACCGGUUGCGGCCGCUGUCCUAUCCGGAUACGGACGUGAUCCUCAUGUGCUUUUCAAUCGACUCUCCGGACUCCCUGGAGAAUAUCCCCGAGAAGUGGACCCCCGAAGUCCGUCACUUUUGUCCAAAUGUGCCCAUCAUACUUGUCGGCAACAAGAAGGACCUGCGUAACGAUCCCCACACGACACGAGAACUGGCCAAGAUGAAACAGAAGCCCGUAGCACCAGAGGAAGGUCGUACCAUGGCAGAGAAAAUCAAUGCCUACGGCUACCUGGAGUGCUCGGCAAAGACAAAGGAUGGCGUGCGCGAGGUCUUUGAGACUGCAACGAGGGCUGCACUCCAGGUCAAGAGGCCGAAGAAGACAAGAUGCGUUCUCUUGUAGUCGGGCACUCUCUGACCAGAAGUCUCACUUGCUGCAGCGUCUCUGCAGAAUCCUUCAGCGUUUUCUCCCUUCCCUUCGGCAUCCCUCUUAGUUGUAAAAAAAAAAAAAAAAGAAAACAUCCUGCAGAGCGACAACGGGGAAAAAAAAAUAUGGAGGAAUUCCGAAGCUCGCGGGCGUGCCAUUACUGCAAAGACUUUCCCACGGACCAAAGAAAGAACGAGUAUCCCUCGUAACCGAAGCAUUUAGGGAAGCGCUAAGCAAAGUUGUUUGGUUGCACUCUUGCCUCUGCUACAGUUACUGUUGUGUUCUUAAGUAAUGCGCAGGCUUCCUUGAGGCUCAAGUGUUGCCCUACUGUGUGUGUGUGCUGGCUGAAGCCAUUAAAAAAAACGCCUUUUUCUUUUUUUCGCCACCUGUACUGUGCCGGUGUUACUGAGCAUGAGUGAUCUUCGAUUUGACCGAACUCUAAACUCUUUAAACCUUGGCCCAACUCCGAAGCGAAUGUUACGACUGGGUGGCCAAGAACAUUGUGGAUGACAGUUAAAAUGAACCACUAAUUUGUGGUGACAGCCACUAGCAACACAAUUCUCUGUAUAAGGUUGUUUCUUGAGAUCAGAAACUUGUAAAUAAGGAGUGUUACAUAUUUAUCGCUCGACGUCUGGAGGGGACGUUUGGGGUCUUUUUUUUUUUUUUAACAUCCUGCAAACUGUCAGCUACCUGAACUCUGUUGUCCGGUGGGGGGAACUCCCAGAAGCUUUUGUUAGCGCUGCUCUACCGUUUUUGGUGUCUUUCACUUCUACAAAGAGGGUAGUUUAGUACAUGGUUGCCAUUUCUGGGAGAAGGGCUUUUUGCUGUACAUAUUCAUAUAGGGAUUUUUUUUUUUGUCUUGCAUACGUGAGCCGUUGACAAGAUGUGCAAGUGAUGUUUUUAUAUUGAGGGAGAGCUACGUACAUUAAUGUCUUUUGGUAUGUGAUUGUAGACUUGUAACUAUUAAAUAUGUUUUGGAGAAAGA